AUGGGGUACAGAAAAUUCCAAAUAACCCUUGUUUCGGCCGAAAAUCUUCCAAACGUCCGUAGCUUCGGGCAGAUGAAAGUCUACGCCGAGGUGUCCAUCAACGGAGAUCCCAAAACAAGCAAGCGAACCACUGUGAACACGGACGGAGAGACAAACCCUAGAUGGAACUUCUCUCUCGAUUACACGAUUGAGGAGGCCUCUCUCAAGAAUCUGGGAUUGGUGGUUGUGGUGAAGCUCUACUGUGAGAGGACUCUGGGAGACAGGUAUAUCGGUGAGGUCAAGAUAUCGGUCAAGGGUCUCUUUGACUCCGGAUCUAGGUCUGAGAAUGAGCUGAGCUACAAUGUGGCUGGGGCCGGGGAUGGGAAGCUUAACAUUUUGUAUAGUUUUGGAAGCAUGUUUGAGGCGCCGAAGUCCUCGGUUUGGAAGAAGGUGCUCGAGGUUGGGCUCGCGGUGAUGAUAGAAGGGGUGGUGUUCCUCUUGACCGGAGACAUCGGUGAUUUGUAA